AUGGAUCUGGAUAAACCAUCUGUCUGGGGGUCAUUAAAACAGCGGACCAGACCAUUGUUAAUCAACUUGAGCAAGAAGAAAGCUAAAAAGAACCCAAGUAAACCCUUGGAUUUAAGGGUGCAGCAUCACCUGGACCGGCGACUCAGCCUCUCUGUGCCUGACCUCCUAGAAGCAGAGACCUUGGCACCCGAGGGCCGGCCUUACUCUGGGCCCCAGUCAUCCUAUACCUCGGUACCCAACAGCCUGUCCACAGCAGGCAUCGUCCCCAAGAGCAGCAGCAGCUCCCUGAAGCAGUCUGAGGAAGAACUGGACUGGAGCCAGGAGGAAGUAAGUCAUGUUCACGCGCUGGACACCGACUCUGAGGAGAUCUAUGCCUCUUCUGCAGAAGAGCGGCCGGCAUCCAGCCAAAGUGGCUUGGAUCUGCAGAAACAUCCCCUUGGAGGGGAUACUCCUGAAGAGCCAGAGAAGUCACGUGGCAAUGACGAUCUGAAUGCUUCUAUGACUUCUCAUCAUUUUGAAGAAGAAUCUACUCUUGGAGAAGCUGGUGAUUGCUUGAGUCACCUCCCCAGCCCCUUCGCAUACCUCCUCACCAUACACCUGAAGGAAGGACGAAACCUUGUGGUCCGGGAUCGCUGUGGCACGAGUGAUCCGUAUGUGAAAUUUAAGCUGAACGGAAAGACUCUGUACAAAAGUAAAGUCAUAUAUAAGAACUUGAACCCGAUUUGGGAUGAGAUAGUUGUGUUGCCCAUACACAGCCUUGAUCAAAAGCUUCGUGUAAAGGUGUACGAUCGAGACUUAACCACAUCUGACUUCAUGGGUUCUGCCUUUGUCAUUCUCAGGGAUCUGGAACUUAACAGGACUACCGAACAUAUUUUAAAACUGGAAGAUCCAAACAGUUUAGAAGAUGACAUGGGAGUGAUUGUGUUAAAUUUGAACCUAGUUGUAAAACAGGGUGAUUUCAAGAGGCAUCGUUGGUCAAAUCGGAAGCGGUUAAGUGCCAGCAAGUCCUCUUUGAUCCGCAACCUACGUCUCUCAGAGUCCCUGAGAAAGAACCAACUCUGGAAUGGGAUUAUAAGUAUAACUCUGUUGGAAGGGAAGAAUGUCUCAGGAGGGAACAUGUCAGAGAUGUUUGUCCAGUUAAAACUGGGAGAUCAGAGAUACAAGAGCAAGACACUGUGUAAGAGUGCAAACCCGCAAUGGCAGGAACAGUUUGACUUUCACUACUUCUCUGACAGGAUGGGCAUUUUGGACAUUGAAGUGUGGGGAAAGGACAGCAAAAAGCACGAGGAGCGACUGGGCACGUGUAAAGUGGAUAUUUCAGCACUCCCGCUGAAGCAAGACAACUGCUUGGAGCUACCUCUGGAGAGCUGCCUAGGGGCUCUCAUCAUGUUGAUCACCCUGACUCCCUGCUCUGGAGUUUCUAUCUCCGACCUCUGUGUCUGCCCCUUAGAGGAUCCCAGCGAAAGGAAGCAGAUAUCCCAGCGAUAUGCCUUACAGAACUCACUGAAGGAUGUGAAGGAUGUUGGCAUUCUACAGGUGAAGGUUCUGAAGGCGGCAGACCUCUUGGCAGCUGAUUUCUCAGGGAAGAGUGAUCCUUUCUGCCUUUUGGAGUUGGGCAACGACCGACUUCAGACACACACCAUUUACAAAAGCCUCAACCCUGAGUGGAACAAAGUUUUUACAUUCCCUAUUAAAGAUAUCCAUGAUGUUCUGGAAGUGACAGUGUUUGAUGAGGAUGGAGAUAAAGCCCCGGAUUUUCUUGGAAAAGUUGCCAUCCCCUUGCUGUCUAUUAGAGAUGGUCAACCAAAUUGUUAUGUAUUGAAGAAUAAAGAUUUGGAGCAAGCUUUUAAAGGACUUAUUUACUUAGAGAUGGACCUCAUAUAUAAUCCGGUCAAAGCAAGCAUCAGAACCUUCACUCCAAAAGAGAAACGCUUUGUGGAGGACAGCCGUAAGCUGUCCAAAAAGAUCUUAUCAAGAGAUGCAGACAGGGUGAAAAGACUCACUAUGGCAGUAUGGAAUACGAUACAGUUCUUCAAAAGCUGCUUCCAAUGGGAAUCCACCUUGAGAAGUUCAAUAGCAUUUGUGGUGUUUUUGGUCACUGUCUGGAAUUUUGAACUCUACAUGAUCCCUCUGGCUUUGUUGCUUAUCUUUCUGUACAACUUCCUCAGACCCACGAAAGGGAAGGCUAGCAGCACCCAGGACAGCCAGGACGGCACAGACGUAGAUGAGGAAGAGGCGGAGGAAGAGAAGGAAUCUGAGAAAAAGGGAUUAAUUGAGAGAAUCUACAUGGUACAGGAUAUUGUUUCCACCGUCCAGAACAUCUUGGAGGAAGUCGCUUCUUUUGGAGAAAGGAUUAAGAACAUGUUUAACUGGACGGUCCCUUUCCUUUCGCUGCUGGCCUGUUUGAUUCUGGCCAUAGCCACUGUGGCUUUGUAUUUCAUCCCUCUCCGGUAUAUUGUUCUACUCUGGGGCAUAAAUAAAUUUACUAAGAAGCUUCGAAAUCCUUAUUCCAUCGACAAUAACGAGCUCCUCGACUUUCUCUCCAGGGUGCCCUCGGACGUUCAGAAGGUGCAGUAUGCAGAGCUGAAGCUCUGCGGCAGCCACAGCCCACUUCGGAAGAAGCGUUAUACUGUCUAG